AAUUUCAAUCCAACUUCACUACUAACACAAAGUUAAGAAGUUUAGACUUGCAUUACAAUUUAACAAGAUGAGUAAGAACAUGGGCACAGACCAUAACCUCAUGAAUGAGUCUAUUGAAGAUCACGAAGAUGGAUUUUAUGAUGAGCUUAGAAAGCAGAUUUUACUUUUGACAGCAGAUGAAGAUGAUGAGUGCUCCUAUGAAACUGGCAGGCAAUGCUCCAAGAGAUUAACGAUUAUUGCAACACAACCAACAGGGCUCUAUUUCAAUAGCUGGGAGACUGAAAAUGGAAAUCUAACACCAUCUUGGCUUGUGAAUUUGUGGAGACAUGGCAAUGGAGGAACUGGUGUUUUUAUACCUCAUAUUCAUGUCAAAUCCAGAAGAAAACAAAGAUCAGGCAAGAAGAGCAAUUGGAGGAGAAGGAUGAGCAAGCAAGUUGAUGAAAACAAGCAAUCUUGAAUAGACAACACCACUUAGAAGGCAAAAGAGAUUAAGAAAAAAUGUAUCUUAUUAAUUUUUCAGAUAUUAUGCAUUUAAAUUAGAUAGCUGGAUUUCAGAGGCAGAUUAGGAGAUUAUUUUCAAAUGUAUCUUGUCCUCUGUUCAGUAAAUCUACUUCCUGACACCAA